AUGUGCGGAGUAAAGACUAUUCAUAUGAGACAACAUACAGGGGAAAGACCAUAUAAAUGUGGAGAGUGUGGAAAAGGCUUUAGCGACAAUAGUACUUUGAGAAAGCAUAUGAAUCAACAUGCAAAUAAAUUUGUGUGUGAAAUCUGUGAACGGUCCUUCGGCUGCAAAUCUCAUCUUUCCUAUCAUAUUCUCACUCAUACAAACGAAAAGCGAUUUAUGUGCACUGUAUGCGAUAAAUUAUUCGCACGCAAAGAGAAUUUGAAGUUGCAUAUGAGAAGGCAUACUGAUGAAUAUCAAUUCAAAUGUGGAAUAUGUGGUGUCAUCAAGGUGCAACAAUCUGAGCUGAAUAGUCAUAUGCGCACCCACACGGGUGAAAAACCGUUUGUAUGUAAAUUAUGUGGGAGGGCAUUUAGUCAACGAGGUAGUCGGAAUACUCAUAUGAAGACAGUGCACUCCAGCAAAAAGCCUUACGCAUGUGAAAUAUGUGGAAAAAGAUUUGCUGUACAAGUUUAUGUCAAUGCUCACAUAAAACAGAGCCAUUUAAAAAGCAAGAGCGCAAAGACAGACAAAGUUGAACAGGAGCCAACUAAUCAUAUGUAUUCGGAAAGCACCGUUAUUGCCUGUGAGAUUGAUCAAAACACUAAGUUACAAGCACCCCAUAUAAUUGAAAUCAAAGAAGAAUUACAUUCAGAAUAUGAUCAUGAAUAACUUGAUUAUAUACACUAAGUAGUGGUGCAUGAUCGUCCCGUCGAUCCAGAAAUGACACAAUUCCGGGCGAAAAUAUUGCCUCUUGAGAAUCUAUCUCAUGAACAGUACUUUUCGAUACACAACUGAGGUAUUUAAAACAGGGGGCUCGACGGUGGAUACGAUUUAUAUUUUUCCUUGGUUCGAGUUGAUAUUCAGCCUCCACAACCAAUCCCAUUUUUGAAUAUUCAACAGCAAAUUAUUACUAAACUCAACACGGACUGUGCAAUUCUGAAAAAUAGUUAAUUAUCUUGUAAUGUUUGUAAAUGUUUUUUACACAAAUGUGAUUGAAAUAAUUAAUGACUUAUGUAUUCAAAUAUAUAACUUUAAUAAAAGCCGAAGAAAUAAACAUGCAUUCUUUACCAUUAUGACCUUGUUCAGCAGCUUCUACUUCCAGGGUUCACAAAUGAUUUGGAGGUGAUGAGCUUUUCAUGCAUAAUAUGGAAACAAAAUAAUAAAAUGAAACUACUAGC